AUGUACAUGGCUACAUGCAUUCUAUCGCGUCACAGGACUACGGCUUCGGGGGGAAGCCGGAAACCUGCGUUAACGGUCGAUCAGGGUUUCAACAACAAUACGGAGACCAUUUUGCAUGAGCCUUCUGGAAGCAAGCUCCGAUCGGGAGACAGGACUGCAUUACAAAAAGCCCGCUACUUUGCUACACCUCAUUCGGCCAGAGUUGAGAGAUCUAUCGGAGAAAAGGGCUUUCAGCAGCCAGCAACUCUAGAAUCGCUUCUCCUAACUCGGUUCUACGAAAGCGCAGUGGUGAUCGAUCGUCUGAUUGUUGAUGAGAGAAGAGAUGAAACAGAGUUUGCCGUGCUAUGCGGCAUCUGGCCCCUUUUUUCUCGUAACGAGCGUGACUCUGGAUGGCGGCUUACGAGUUGUGGAGUCUUCCAUGCAGAGGACAAAAAGGAAAGUCGAGUCGUUUUGAAAAAGAUCUUCACGGGCCGGAAGGGCAAUGCAUCAGACUGUCUUGUUCGAGAGAAUUUGGGGCAGGCGGCUUUCAAUCUCUUCGUGUCACUAUUCCUAUAUCGAUAUCUUCGCCUAGUCGUGAAUCUUUUUGCCUUCAGCAGGCUUCGACCAAUACCCAUACCGGACAUCCCACGAUUGACAUCACAAGAUGUCACUGUCGUCAUUCCUUCAAUAGAAGGGGACGGCGAGGUAUUGUGGGAGACUAUUCGCAGCAUCCUCGCGACCGAGCCAUUUGAAAUCAUCCUGGUGACCAUCGACGCGCAUUUGACUCGGGCAGAACUAAUGAUCAAGCACAUGUGCACCUCUAAAGUAAGAAUACGCAGUGUGUCGUAUCCCAAUAAGCGCCGACAGAUGGUUCAUGCUUUGCCCGAUAUUAGAACGGACAUUACAGUUUUUGCAGACGACGAUGUUCUCUGGCCGCCGAAAUUGCUGCCCUGGAUGUUGGCACCGCUGGAAGACGAAUCCUAUGGUGGCGUUGGCACAAACCAGAGGCUCCGGCGUGCGGAAGCUCCAACUCUCCAGCAAAGGGUUUACGGCUACUUGAAUGCCUUGUAUCUGGAAAGGAGGAAUUUCGAUUGUGCAUCAUGUAUGUACAUGGACGGAGGCCUGCCGUGUCUUUCUGGACGGACGGUGGCAUACCGAAGCAACAUACUCAAGGAUAAGGCUUUCAUCGAAGGUUUCACCCAAGAAGUGUGGCUUGGGAGAUACCAGUUGAAUGCAGACGACGACAAUUUUAUUACAAGAUGGCUGGUUUCCCAUGACAAGAAGAUAGGCUACCAGUAUCACAAAGAAGCGGAAAUUUUGACUACGCUUGAAGACAAUCCCAACUUUGUGAAACAGUGCUUGCGGUGGUCUCGGAGCAAUUGGCGGAGUAAUAUUACGAGCAUGUUCUGUGAGAGACAUGUUUGGAGAAAGCAGCCAUGGAGCACGUACGCCGUCUAUCAAACGACACUGUUGCAGUGGGCCUUUGUCUGGGAUUGCCUGCUUCUGUAUCUCUAUCACACAAGCACUUCAGCUUGGAGUUACGACGCAAGGAUGCUGGGCCUCGUCACGCUCCUGAGCUGGAUGUUGAUGAGCAAAUUUCUCAAACUGCUGGGCCAUUACAUACGCCAUCCGGUUGACUUUCUCUUAUUGCCCGUGUCAAUUAUUUUUGGUUAUUUACACGGGCUAAUCAAGGCUAAGGCCAUGAUAUCUCUUAAUGUCACCGCGUGGGGUACCCGCGAUGGAGCAGACGACGACGACGGCUCCCGCAUGAUACGGGUCAAUCGAAAGCAACAGGAGGCCGGCAAUACCUUCUCUAUCCUCGAGACAUCCUCUUACCCCAAUGAGAAAUGCGAAUAUCCGCCCAGCUUCCUACGGUGUACAACUGUUUAG